AUGAGUAAAAAAGAAAAUGUUUGGAAUUAACUAUUAUUUGAGAAAAGUAGAUAAGGAGGUUUUAUAAAUAAGAAUUUGUUAAUCCUAGGAAGAAAGUGCAGUGGAAAACGAAGUUUACUCGACGCUUUGGCUGAUGUUACAAAGACUCUCAAGAGUAAAUCGAUUCAUAGUAAUUUGUAGAUGCCAUUCGGCAAAAAGGCAUUACACCUAUAGUGGAUUAUGCCUACUUAAAUUUGAUAGACCUUCGCGACCCUGAUUACAACACAAAUGCUCGUCUGAAUGUGUAUAUUUUAGAAGAAGAGGGGCAGAAGUAUUUGUUACCUCAGAUUUUGAAUCACAAAAAUAUCAAGAAUACAUUUGUAGUAAUAGCUCUGGACAUGCAAGAGCCUUGGACCUUCAUGGAAGACCUGGAUAGAUGGAUUAGUGUGUUGCAAGACAUGAUGGCUGAUUUGCGAUUGAGUUUGAAUGAAUUGGAGGAGAUGAAAUCAAAUGGUAUAUAAAGUUUGACUUAAUUAAAGUGAUGCAAUAUAUGUCAUAAAUGGAUGGAGGUUAGGUGCACGAAGGUUUAUUGAAGACAAAUUUGGGAAUACCUUUGAUGGUGAUGGUAAAUAAAUCGGACAUUUUGGAGAGAGACGACAAAGGAAAGGAUUGGGAUUAGAAAGCAGAAAUCAUUUAAUUUUGUUUACGUUAAUUUUGUGUGAAUUGUAAGAGUUAACAUACUUAUAAUAAGAUGGUGCAACUUUACUUUUCACAUCUGUGAAGCAGAAGACAAACAUCAAGGUAAUGUACGAGUAUGUCUUGCAUCGUCUCUAUAACAUGCCAUUCGAAACAUCAUAACACAAAAACUUAUCAGAUUUCGAAAGUCUCUUCAUCCCCUUGGGUCAAGAUGACAUCAACAUCAUAAAGAGUACUUUCACCAAAUUAGCCAACAGCGCAAUCAAAUAUGAGGAGAGUGUGCCAGUGGUGUAAUUGAAAAAAGUAAAGUCUCUCAAUAUCAUCAUAGAAUUUAGUUAAAGAGGAAUUGACAGUUGAGGAUGAUUAGGAAUUUUUCACCAAAUUAAAGGAGAAGUCUUCCUAGGCACCUGCAACCAGGCCUAUCCUUCCAAUUCAAAGGUAGGUGGAGUAGCCAGCUUAACAACAAUAAACGCCACCUGCUGAUUAACCAUUAUCGGCCAGAGGGUCUCAGCAGAGCGAGCAACUGAGAAAUUUCUAUAAAAUUCUAACUGGAGUAAUAUAUUUGGCUAUCUCCAAUUUAGGAUCCAAUUCAAUAGGCUCAACAACAAUUGCAAGAGAGGAUGAAGUAAAGAACUGUCACCGAAAUUCAGCCUUCAGGUUCAGCGACUAAAAUGACUCCUUUGUUCAAUUAAUAAGAUUAAUAGAGAUUAUAGAGGAUUUUUCCAAAAAAGUGAUUCCAUCCACAUAUUCUAUAAACCUAAAUAAUACC